AUGGCUGCGGAAUUGACUACGGCUCCUCCUCUGUCUGACGAUGCGACAGCGGUGCUGGAACGUACGGUCGAAGUUGAGCAAUUGCCCGCCUCAGCCACUGGCUAUGCUUUUCAUGAAGUGUACGAGAUCGAGCGGACAGUACGGCUGAUCCAGGAGGGAGGAUACAGGAAUAUUGCAUUACAAUUCUCCGAUGAGUUACUGAGCGACGCGGCUGGUGUUGUUGAUGCGCUGCGAAAACCCCUCACGGACGGUCAAAAAGUCUACGUUCUCGCCGACACCUCCUACGGCUCCUGCUGUGUCGACGAAGUCGCCGCCGAACACAUCUCAGCCGACGCAAUCGUCCACUACGGCCGCGCAUGUCUGUCACCAACCUCAAGACUACCCGUCAUCUACGUCUUCGGCCGAAGACCAGUCGACCUGGACGCCGCCGUCAAGGGAUUCGAGGAGGUGUUAGAGAGCAAGGACGCAGACGUCAUCGCCAUGUCCGACGUCACAUACUCACACGCUCUUCCCUCAUUCUGCCAAAGGCUACGAGAAGCAGGCUACACUAAUACCAUCGAAACAACCCACGCCACAAUCGACACCGUACCUCCUCUCUCCUCCACCUCCUCACCAACCAGCACCAGCACCCUCCCCGGCCGAGAAUACUCCCUCCCAGAAGCAAAGCCCUUGAGCGACUACACUAUCUUCUACCUCGGCCCACCCUCAACGACCCUCACAACCCUCCUCAUGACCCACAACUCCCUCACAUCCUCGAUCUACUCGCACAACCCCCUCACCCUCCGCACAACCCUCGAAUCACCGACAACCAACGCCCGUCUCCGUCGUCGAUACGCGAUGGUCCAAAAAGCCCGUGACGCCGGAACAAUCGGAAUCGUCGUCGGCACACUCGGCGUAGCGGGCUAUUUGACUUUAAUCAGCGACCUCCGCAAGCUCAUCUUCGAAGCCGGAAAGAAGCCGUAUACGUUUGUGAUGGGCAAACUCAACCCCGCCAAAAUGGCAAAUUUCGGGGAAGUGGAAUGUUUCGUCCUCGUAGCCUGCGGCGAAAACUCCUUGAUUGAAUCCCGCGAUUUCUACCGUCCUGUCGUCACUCCCUACGAACUCGGACUCGCGUUGCGGGCGAGGGGUGGUGAGGCGCCGAGCUGGACGGGGGAGUGGGUCACGGACUUCGAUCGAGUCAUGCGUCUCAACUCCUCCAAUCCUCCUGGUAACGACGACGAAGGAAAAGACCCAUGGGCAUCAGACGACGACGAACCCCACUUCUCCCUCAUCACAGGCCGCUACGAAUCCUCCUCCCGCCCCAUGGCAACAAAAACCCUCUCCCUCGACCCAUCCCACACAACGGACCUCGUCCAGUCGAACGGUGCACGCGCACUCGUGACCGCGACGACGAUCGGUGGCGUGUUUAGUCCCAGUGCAGAAUACCUCCAGAAAGGAAAGGUGUGGAAGGGGCUUGGGAAUGAUGAUGAUGGGGAGGGGGCGGUGGUGCAGGAGGGGAGGGCGGGUAUUGCGAGAGAUUAUGGGCAUGAUAUUUGAAUUUAAGUCAGGCGGAUGGCAGCGUAACCAUGUAGCACGGAGCUCAAACUGAGCUCAUGGCGUCCAUCCCCU